AUGGAUCGGCAAGCAGUGAGUGGUCCUAUGGAUUUGCCGAUUAUGCACGAUAGUGAUAGGUACGAGCUCGUUAAGGAUAUUGGUUCCGGUAAUUUCGGAGUUGCAAGAUUGAUGAGAGACAAGCAGAGUAACGAGCUUGUUGCUGUCAAAUAUAUCGAGAGAGGUGAGAAGAUAGAUGAAAAUGUAAAAAGAGAGAUAAUUAACCACAGGUCCUUAAGGCAUCCUAAUAUCGUAAGAUUCAAAGAGGUCAUAUUGACACCAACACAUUUGGCCAUUGUUAUGGAAUAUGCAUCUGGAGGAGAACUUUUCGAGCGAAUCUGCAAUGCAGGCCGGUUCAGCGAAGACGAGGCGAGGUUUUUCUUCCAGCAACUCAUUUCAGGAGUUAGUUACUGUCAUGCUAUGCAAGUAUGUCACCGAGAUUUAAAGCUUGAGAAUACGUUACUAGAUGGUAGCCCUGCUCCUCGCCUAAAGAUAUGUGAUUUUGGAUAUUCUAAGUCAUCGGUGUUACAUUCGCAGCCAAAAUCAACUGUUGGAACCCCUGCUUAUAUCGCUCCCGAGGUUUUGCUAAAGAAAGAAUACGAUGGAAAGGUUGCAGAUGUUUGGUCUUGUGGGGUAACUCUGUACGUCAUGCUCGUUGGAGCAUAUCCUUUUGAAGAUCCCGACGAGCCUAAGAAUUUCAGGAAAACUAUACAUAGAAUCUUGAAUGUUCAGUACGCUAUUCCGGAUUAUGUUCACAUAUCUCCUGAAUGUCGCCAUCUCAUCUCAAGAAUAUUUGUUGCUGACCCUGCAAAGAGGAUAUCAAUUCCUGAAAUAAGGAACCACGAAUGGUUUCUGAAAAAUCUGCCAGCAGAUCUCAUGAACGAUAACGCCAUGAACAGUCAGUUUGAUGAAUCGGAUCAACCAGGUCAAAGCAUCGAAGAGAUCAUGCAGAUCAUUGCAGAGGCUACUGUUCCUCCUGCUGGCGCUCAGAGUCUGAACCAUUAUCUCACAGGAAGCUUGGACAUAGACGAUGACAUGGAGGAAGAUCUAGAGAGCGACUUGGAUGAUCUUGACAUUGACAGUAGCGGAGAGAUUGUGUACGCAAUGUGA